AUAUCAAAGACCAACAAAUCCGGAAACAGACUGAAAUCAAAACUAUUUUGGUCUGAAAAAAAGUCCCCUUACGCAAGAAACCAUGUGAGCGAGGGGUAUAAAGAGCCCCGCGUGGUGUUUCCCUUCCAUCAAACAGCAUGAUGAAUUUCAAAGUGAUUCCAGCGAUUUUGGUGCUAUGCUGGCUUAGGUAUAGUGAAGCUACAUGGCCGGGCUGGAGCUCCCGGGACGAAUGUCCUCAACUAAGCUGUCCAUCUAUUUACAUUCCACCAGAAUGUCGUCAAUCGGAUUUUACAUAUGUCAACGGUAGAAGAUGUCCAGCCUGCGAUAUAGAUACCUGCCAGGGAGGCAACGACCGUGGCAACAACCGAGAUAGAUGGGACAACAAUCGUGUUGGUAGAGGCGGAAACUGGGACAACAACCGUGGUGGUAGAGGCGGAAACUGGGACAACAACCGUGGUGGUAGCGGAGGAAACUGGGAAAACAACCGUGGCGGUAGAGGUAGAAAUGGGGACAUGAUGCGUGAUGGCGGUAAUGGAAACUGGGACAACAAUCGUGGUGGUAUGGGUGGAAAUUGGGACAGCAGCCGCGGUAGAAAUUUGGAUCGUGGUGGCCAGAUGGAAUCUAACCGCGGCGGAAGGAAUGUUGACACGUCUCGUGGUGGUAGUGUUUCGUUCGAUAGAACAAGGGGAGAUGUUACAUGGGAAACGGACCGUAACAGAAACCGCUGGGAUAGCAGUAGGGGUGGAUCCUGGGAUAACAAUCGUUCCAGUUCACGCGUAGAUGAUCGCCGAGGAGGAAGUAACUGGGAUAACAACAGAGGAAACCAAGGUGGUUCCGGAUCCGCUGGAAACCGUGGACCCGGUGGAAAUCCUUCAGAUCGUAGGAACGACUCCGGAAGAGGUGGCGGCAGAUUUGAUGGUGCUUCAGGACCCAGUCGGAAUGGUCGUCCCAGAUUUUAAUGAUAUAGUUUGAUAUUUACACUCUACAUGUAUUUGAUUUUCAUUAUUCUUACACAAUAUUCGUAUAUAUCAGCCAUGUUUUCGUGUGCAAUUUAAAUGUGUGAGUUUUUUCAGAGACAUGUUUAUUAAAUGUCUUGCAUGCA